GACGCACUUCCGUCCAUGGUAUAGGGUGGUAAGUGCAUACAGAAGAAGGAGCCGCGGUGCUACAGCGAACCUUUUCCGGGAAAUAAGAGUUUCAACAAUGGCGAGUACUUGUGUAUUACAGCCUCAGAUGAGAGGUUUCAGUUUCGAAAACUGCAAGAGGAAUGCUCAACUAGAAUGUAAUGCUGCUAAAAUUGGAUGCAGCCUCCCUACUGCGCGCAAAACUGGCACAACCAUCUGUGGAGUUGUGUAUAAGGAUGGUGUGGUUCUGGGAGCUGAUACAAGAGCCACUGAAGGAAUGGUUGUAGCGGAUAAGAACUGCUCAAAGAUCCACUACAUCUCUCCUAACAUCUACUGUUGCGGAGCUGGUACAGCAGCAGACACUGAGAUGACCACUCAGUUAAUCUCCUCUAAUCUGGAGCUUCAUUCUCUUUCCACCAAUCGCCUUCCAAGAGUCACUACAGCCAACCGCAUGCUCAAGCAGAUGCUCUUCAGGUACCAAGGCUAUAUUGGAGCAGCACUGGUAUUGGGUGGGGUUGACAUCAAUGGUCCCCACCUGUACAGCAUCUACCCUCAUGGUUCAACAGACAAGCUACCCUAUGUUACCAUGGGCUCUGGAUCCCUGGCUGCUAUGGCUGUGUUUGAAGAUCGAUACAGGCCUGACAUGGAGGAGGAGGAGGCAAAGCUCCUGGUCCGUGAUGCAAUAGCAGCUGGUAUAUUUAAUGAUCUGGGCUCAGGCAGUAACAUUGACCUGUGUGUGAUCACCAAAGGCAAGGUGGACUACCUGAGACCACAUGAUGAAGCCAACAAGAAGGGUGUAAGAACCGGUGAUUAUACGUACAAGCAAGGCACUACAAGUAUUCUGACAAAGGCAGUGACCCAAGUUCCGGUGGAGGUGGUGGAGGAGAGCGUGCAGACCAUGGACACCUCCUGAAGAGAUUUUGUCAUUAUAUGUCAUGUAUGACAAUGUUACUCCUCUGUUUGCAAUAAAAUAUGUUGUGAAAA